CUGGUUUUAGGUAAGGUUUUAACCUAGUUUUUAAUUUUUAAAACCAAUGUCGUUCAUCAAAUUGUACGGAAACUCUUUGAUAAUUACGUUCAAUAAGAACGUAAUUUUUCAAUCACCGGCCUCGGAAUGGAUGAGCGAAAUUGAUUCGAACGUACCAUUUGAAAAAGGUCGCCCUGGAAGGUACUUAGAUGCUGCCAGUGAAAGCGAUGAUGACGAGGAUGCAAGGAAAGAGCUAAACAGCACAAAAGAAACCAAAGAGCACAUUGUCGCAGUUGAUGUAAACGAAUCUAAAUCUCUACUGGCCAUAGCUACUGAUAACAAAUCAUUUUAUUUGCACGAAAUUCUAGACGAGACCGUAGAAGGGAAUCGCUUGCGUUUACUUUCGCGAAGAUUAGUAGCUCGAGCUUCUAAUUGUAUAAAGUUUGCCCCCAGUGGCAAAUUUGCGAUUGUCUGUGAUAAAGGUGGUGAUUGUUACAUAUAUGACUGCAUUGAUUAUAGCAAACCGGGUCGUUGGGUUUUGGGACAUAUGAGUCAGGUAUUGGACGUACUGAUUGACGCUGAGGAAAGUCGGAUAAUCACAUGCGACAGGGACGAAAAGAUUCGAGUGACCAGGUAUCCUGACAGUCACGAAAUCGAAACGUUUUGCCUCGGUCACACAGAAUUUGUUGCUCAAUUGGAGUUUGUCAGAACUACUAGUGGCCAGCAAUUAUUGUCUUUAUCUGGAGACAGAACGCUUCGUUUAUGGAAUUACGAGAUAGGAGAAGAAAUGUUUCUGCAAAAAAUGGACAACAUGGGAACAAAAUUGACAACCACGCGACUGCACGAUGGAAGUAUUUUGUUGGCAGUGCUCUGCUAUGAACCUACGAAAAUAAUUGCAUACCGCUUAUUUGGAGGGGAACCCGUGCGAUGUGAAUAUCUUCAAGAACUGUAUGCUAAAUCAAACGUAAUAUUUUCCUCUAUUAUAUUUGACAAGCAACACGAUUUGAUUGCCUUAGCUAUUGAAAGGAACACCGAAGAAGUUACACAAACAACUUUUAUCUUAAAUCAGAAUAAUUUUCACUUCGAUGAAAAAAGUGUACCGAAAUUACUUAAAGAUGAACGCUUGGCAUAUGUUGACACUACUACUUUUCUGUUCAAGAAAAAAUUUGACAACAUUAAAGAUUACCAAAAUCGCAAACGAAAAAGAGUAGAAGAAAUGAAAAGAAAUAAAUAAUU